UGGGAGGAGCAGCAGGCUUCGCGGUCCCUGCAGCCCAGCGGGGCGCGGCCUGAGCAGGGCGGCGAGCCGGUCACAGGUAACAGGUAAUGGCUCGUCCUUUUUACUCCCCACAGAAAACGAGUGAUUGCUUUCCUUUGCUCAUUUUUGGAAGCCCUGCCUACCACACAGCUGCACUGGACAUCCCGGUUCCUUGAUGGAUGAAGAAAGCCAACUGAUCCAGCCCCAAGACCAGAGCUGCUGGGCCACCCUGCCCGAUGUGUGCCUGCAUCGUGUUUUCUGGUGGCUGGGAGACAGGGACAGGUCCAGGGCGGCCCUUGUCUGCAGGAAAUGGAACCAGAUGAUGUACUCGGCUGACCUCUGGCGAUACAGGACCAUCACGUUCAGUGGGAGACCUUCCAGGGUACACGCCUCUGAAUUCGAGUCAGCUCUUUGGUAUGUUAAGAAAUUUGGUCGUUAUCUGGAGCACCUGGAGAUCAAAUUCCUGAAUCCUUACAACGCUGUCUUGACCAAGAAGUUCCAGGUCACCAUGCGAGGCCUUCUUUCGAGUCUGGGCAAGAGUAACAACCGUCUGAAGUCUCUUUCCAUCCAGCACCUGGAGCUGGAACGCCUGGUCUGGAGGAACAGCAUCCGGAGCUCGUUCAUCAAAAGCUUGAGCUUCUUCUUAAAGAAAAUGGGCAAACACCUGGAUUAUCUCAACCUGAAAGGGGCCAGGCUGACUGUGGAGCAAGGCUGCCAUGUUCUCAACUCCCUGAGCUACUUGAGGAAUGAGAGUAUGGCAUCAGAGCUCAACAUCGAGGACUUCUUCAGCCAUCACCUCGCUGUCUACAGCAGCCUCCAGUUCAACAAGACCAUGGCCACAUUCCAAAACCUGGCGUCCCUGACCCUGAACUACAACUGCAUCUCCGACGAGCUGCUCGAGAACUUGUGUGAGAACAAUGCCAGUACCCUCUGGACCAUAAACAUCAAAUGCCACAUCCAUGACCCCCAUGGCCAGGUCAUCUGGGGCAUGUCCUGGGCCAAGCUGGCCAGGCAGGCUGUCAACCUGAAGGUGAACUUCUUCUUUGAGCGGGUCAUGAAGUACGAGCGCUUGGCCCGGAUCCUCUUGCAGGAGAUCCCCGUCAGGAGCAUCAGUCUGAGAAGCUGCUAUUUCAGUGACCCGGACUGGUCCAUGCGGCCCACUCUGCUGGAUCUGCUGCCCACCUUCCGGCACACUCUGCAGAAAUUAACUUUUGAGUUCAACAACAACCACGAGUCGCUCGACAAGGAGCUGCACCUCCUCAUCUUAUCCUGCAGAAAGUUGUUUUACUUCAAAAUCUGGGCUUUCCUUGAUGUGAAGUUCGUGGAGCGGAUCCUGAAGAGUCAGGAAGAAGGACAGUGUGCUCUGCGCACACUCAAGGUGAGAAUUUAUACGAACAGAUAUGAGACAAAUGAAGAGGACAGGACGCUGCGGGAAAUUUACCGGAAGUACAGAAAGCUGAUCGAUUCAGAGCUUAACUAUUUUGUCAUCGCCUACCCCAUGAUGUAAUAGCGCUCUCCAGAGGAAGAAAGCUGGGAGCACUUGGAAGUUGGAAACCUGGUUCUCACAGAAGGACACUUGAGGCGUCUCCUCCCCCCACCCCUUUUUCUUCUCUUUCUCCUUUCUGCCAGUUCCACACCAACAUGAACACCCCAGCAAAGAUGGGACUGCUGGCAAUAUGAAGGCCCCAGGUGACUUUAAAGUGCUAUAUUUACCAACUA